UAUGAAAAAUAAAACGCGAAUCGUUUGUACCAAUAAUUGUUAACGAUAACACUCUUGUAGAUAAACGCGGAGGCACUAUCGACAAAUUUUUUACGUAUUAUUUCGAACAUCCGUUUCGUGAAAAAUCAUGAAAAUCAUCUGAUGGCACUUGCGCAAUUGCUACUACGGUGUACGUGAUACAUCAGAUCAUUUUGGAAGCAGUUUUAAGUUCGCGGAAGAAUAUAUCGCUGAGAGAGCUCCGCAGUCAAAAGACUAAAGUUCAUCAAUAUGCGGACUACAAGGGAACAAGCAGGACCAUCCAAACCAUGGGAUUCUGCUGCAGAAGAAAAAGAAAAGGAUAAUCGAACAUUUGAAUGCAAUAUUUGUCUUGAUACCGCAAAAAAUGCAGUUAUUAGUAUGUGUGGUCAUUUAUUUUGUUGGCCUUGUUUGUAUCAAUGGUUAGAGACACGUCCAACAAGGCAAAUGUGCCCAGUAUGUAAAGCUGCAAUUAGCAAAGAUAAAGUCAUUCCGUUAUAUGGACGUGGAGAUACAAGGCAUGAAGAUCCAAGGAACAAUGUUCCACCACGUCCUGCUGGGCAAAGGACUGAACCUGAUAAUAAUAUGGGAUUUUCUAGUUUAGGGUUUGGAGAUGGUUCUUAUAUGUCAUUUGGUAUUGGCACGUUUCCAUUUGCAUUUUUCACAUCCACUUUUAAUUUGGGAGAAACACGACCAAGUGCAGCUGUUAGAGGAACACCACAAUAUGCAGAAGAACAAUUCCUUUCAAAAGUAUUUUUAUGGGUGGCUUUGAUAUUUAUUUGUUGGCUGCUGAUGGCAUAACAUUUUGUUCAAUCAUAUUACUUGCUCUUUAUCUUGUAAUCCACUUGCUGAAUUGAUUCAUUACAUUUUUAUUAAUACAUCGAUUUUUCCCCCGUUUGUGUUACUUGCUACAGUAACUACACCUGCUUGAAUAAACAA